AUUUUUGAAAUCAACUUACUUUGGCUUUGUCUGUCACUACUAAAUGAAACAUUAUUAGAUUUAUUUCAGACUAGAUUUCACCAGCUCAGGCAAACACAACUAUGGAGCCAGCCGAUAACUUGAUUGAAGACCUUUUGGUCGAAGAUUUAAGUGAGGAGUACAAUAAGGUGAUAUCCAAUAUGGACAAAUUAGAAGAACGCUACGACAAAUUCAGUCAAUAUCGGCAAGAGAUAUCCGAGGAACUGAAGAAGUUAUCCUAUGAUAUGAAUAAGUUGGCCGAAAAUGUCCUUGAAACUCACAAGUAUGGAAUACAGCAGGCAGAUAUAACGAAAAAUGCUCAAAUGGAAUCGACUCGUUUUCUAGAAGAGCUUCAAGAAGAAGAAAAUUUCAAGAAUAUCUUGGAGUCGAAUGAAGACUUUCUGGAAAUUCCAAAUGAAGAAGUCUUGGAGAAGUAGGAUUGAAAACAGUUCAAAUUUGUUACAUUUAAUUUAUAUUUUGAGACCCGCUUCAUAAAUUAAUCAGUUCAGUUUGAUAUAAAAUAAAGGAUCUUUCAUUCAAUCAGUAAA